AUGUCAAAUGAUUUUAAAUUGUUUGUUCAGCGCUAUCCAGACAUCUUUAACAAGCAGAACAUAGGAGAGAAGCUAUUACAACUCGAUUGGGAACAAGCUCCGUUGUUUUUGUCAGAAAUUUUCAAUGAUGACCAAGAAAUCAUUGAUUAUCACUUAUUCCACCAGAACUAUUCCACUCUUCUUGAAUACCUUCCUAAAGUUAAGGAUUUGGCCCUUGUUGUCAACGCAUUAUUGAGAAUUCCUGGAUCUCAAAUUGCAAUGAGCUAUAUAAGUAAUAACAAUAUCAUUGAUCCAGCGGAAAUCAUGUUAUUGCUAUCAAACCUUCCUCAAAUUUCAAAUAAAGUUAUUGGAUUUCCGAAAUCUCGCAUUCAAGAGAUAUUGUUAGUACUUUCUCAUUGUUUGAACAAAGAUAUUGUCAGUCUCAACAAUAUAAUCCAGUCAAGAACUUGUAGUCUUGAAAUUUUGUCAUCAUUUUGUAUUUACUUCAAGCUUUUCGAACCAGCGGCCAAGGCAUUGGUUAAAAUGGGCAUGCCAAUAAGAUCUAUAGCCGUAGCAUACAAAGGAGGCAUUUCUUUGGCGUUUUCCAUUUUAAAUAUCGUAAAAGCAUCAGAAAAGAAGCAAUGCUGGAUGAAACUGUUAUCUAUUGCAGAGGAUAAUGAUAGAAAGACUAUUAUUAAGAAGAUAAUUUCAUCAGAUUUGUUUGAAUUUGAAGAACUCCUUCAAUUUGUUGAUGACAACGAACAAAUCGGUCUUUAUAGGGAUAAAAUAAAGGAAUCUGCCCAGAAAUUGCAGUUUACAGAGGGAGAAUGUCUUUUCCAGAGAAAAUUCAAACCUCCUCAAAUGCAAGACUUCGUUCUGAAGCUUAGUGACUGCUGCGAUGUUUGUUCAUCUAAGUUGAUCACUACAGAAUUCAUCAGGUUCCCUUGUGGCCACUCUUUCCACGAAGAUUGUCUCAAAAAUCUUUGUCAAAGAGAAGGAAUCCCAGAUGAUGACAUUUUUGAGUCUUGUCCAUUAUGUGGAUUCUCUUCUCUUAUUGACCAAUUUUCAUCAAUAUAUUAA